AUGUCCCAGAAGGAUUUCUACUUGCACAUAAAUAGAAAUCAAAAACAUUUAAUGGCUUUCACGUUGCCUUUAAUAUCUUUUUUUUCCUUUAGAAUUUUAGAUAUACCAAAGUCAAAUACCAUAAACAGACCCCAUCCCGAAUCAAAUACAAUGCGAUUGCUAAUUGAAUAUAAUCUACAAAAGUUGUCCAAACAGCAAAAUACAAAGCAUCAAUUUACGCAUAAAAAGUACGUUUACUCAGACGAACCAUCCACUUCAGCGCAAAUUUAUGUUUUGGGUUCACUUUUUAAUUUAACCAAGCGAAAAAUAGGUGAACGGGGUGGAAAAAAGUCUCUUCUCAUCUUUUUGAUGCUUAUCAAACAAGCUAUGCAUGGUGACAGAAAUUUAUUACAAGAGAAAGCACAUGAAAGGCAGCAACAGCAACAACAUUGGGUAGCUUGCAUAGUAGCAACAGCAAAAGAAUUUUCUUUCUUCUUUUAUAUUCGAAAUAAAAUGGAAACAUUUUAA